GGGGUCUGUUUCAGUUUGUUGAGAUUGUUGAGAGGAUGCGUGCGCAGGCCGUUCAGAGGAUACAAGCCCAAAUCGAGCAUAAUACUCUCCGUGAGUUUCUCUGAGGAUAGUUCUUACCUCAACAAAAUGAAUGUUCUUUCCAGCGCCCUACGUUGAACCCUCAGUGAUUCAAGAUGCCCCUAAUCUACCUCCCUCAUCUUCCACUGGUCCAACCAACGAGCUACCUCCCGCAUACGAACUAUAGAAGUUGGCAUACCUUCGUUGGGUGGUGCUGGCCAUCCGCCGCGCAUGUCCCUAAUUCAGCGUCUAGCUAUUCUUGUUCAUAGUAUUUUCUGUGAAGUUGGCGUCCGUGAUGAUUUUGAAUAAUUUUCUCUCGGCAGAACGGAAGCUUCGGACAUUUGGCUCAGAAAUACUCUCCUCUCUUUUGGCGUCGUGCUGGUUCCCCCAGUUUAUGCUAUUUGCCAUCUUUCUGAUUUCAGGGUCGAAUUAUCGCAUUGCCAUUUUUCGCAAGAUAUGGGGAUCGUGUUGUACCUCUCCCAGCCUUCCCGAUAGUGAUAUUUGUUUCAACGUCGGUGUUACUGGGGGGAAGAAAGUUAAGAUCGCGAUUUUUGGGAUCUCUGUACACUUUCACGAGCACUUACACACUCCUCAAGCAGUGAACGCUCCGGUGUUCGACGGCCGUGGUGGGCUCACCAGCCCACCAGCACCACAGGAUAUACUGUCCGACCAAGUGAUUAAUUCUGUUUUGGAGUACAUAUUUCUAGCAAUGUCGCUGGAGCUGGUCAUGAAGCGACUUUAUGGGCACAGUUCAUUAAAAUAUCAAGACCGCUCGCGACGUGUUCGCAUAUGGCACGAUUGAAGCUGAUGAUUAGCUUAUCGGUUGGGCUUCUAAUAGUUCCCUCAUCAGCAAAGAUAAUACAGGCGUGGAUUUAUUCUAAGAAUCAUAACCGUCUAUAGCUCGAACGAGAUACCCAAAAGACUUCUA